AUGUCGGGGCCGGUCGUGGACGCGGAGGUCGCACUCGCCCGGUGCAUUGAGGCAAUGCACAGUACACUACUGGCCGCAGUGGCGGACGCCCUCCCGCAGUCCACAGAGGCAGCGGAGGCAGCGGGCGCGGGGGAGGGAGUUGUCGACACCGUGGCGCAGCGACUGGAAUGGGAGAUGGGGGUUGAACGGCAGCGCAUUGACGGGUUGGUCGGAGGACUCGAGCAACACUUCGCUGCGCUGGAGCACGCGCUGUUGGCGCUGCCGGACAUUCCCGCAGACUCCAUUGACCGCGACAUUGAGAGAUUGAACGCGGAGGCUGCAUCCCUCGCACAGGCGAUGGUGGCGGCGUACGACGAGGCGGAGGCGCUUGCUGCGCAGCUGGAGCAUGAAAUCAACUCCCAACCGGUGCCUUCCAUCUGA